CUCGCUUGUCCUUCAACGUCUACCAUGUUAUCUCCUCGUCAGCCCAUGUUUCGUGUUCUCAGGACACUACCGAGACUACAGCACGCGAGCCGCCGGUGGUCAAGCACCGAACCUCCUCCAGCAGGAGGUCAUUCGUACACUAUCGGUACCUCGUCACUCCUAAAGCCAACCCGUGACGUCGCGCUGCGAACGCAAGGCUUGCAAUGGGUAGACCCAAUGGACUCGGACCCGUCGCGGGACAUGCUGGGGCGUGAGACGCGCAAGAUGAACAUGUACCAGGCGAUCCGGGACGCACUCAGCAUCGCGCUCAGCAAGGAUGAUACUGCCAUAGUAUUUGGUGAGGAUGUCGCGUUCGGAGGGGUGUUUCGUUGUACAAUGGGUCUCGCGGAGGAGUUCGGGCGUGAACGCGUCUUCAAUACGCCAUUAACGGAACAGGGCAUCGCAGGCUUCGGAAUAGGCUAUGCCGCUAUGGGCCAUACCGCGAUUGCUGAGAUCCAGUUCGCAGACUACAUCUUCCCCGCAUUCGACCAGAUCGUGAACGAGGCAGCCAAGUGCCGCUUUCGCAGUAGCGGAGACUUCGACGCUGGGAAACUGACGAUUCGCUGUCCUUCGAUGGCCGUCGGUCAUGGUGGGCAUUACCAUUCUCAAAGUCCGGAAGGCUUCUUUAUGGGAGCUGCUGGGAUCAAGCUUGUCAUACCCAGAUCACCGAUACAAGCAAAGGGUCUCUUGCUCAGCUCAAUCCGGGAUCCUAAUCCAGUGAUAUUCAUGGAGCCCAAGAUUCUAUAUCGAUCUGCCGUCGAACAAGUGCCAAUCGACGACUAUGAAAUACCUCUCGGUAAGGCUGACGUCCUAAGGCGCGGCUCCGACCUUACGGUCGUGUCAUGGGGAACACCUAUAUACACCUGUGAAUCGGCACUCGAGUUGUUGGCUAAGCCUCCUCAAUCCAUAUCUCAACACGUGCCUCCGUCUGUACGCUCAGCGAGAGUCGAACUCAUCGACUUGCGCACAAUCAUGCCAUGGGACGUCGAAACCGUGGUUGAGAGCGUGCAGCGGACGGGCCGGCUCGUCGUUGUACACGAAGCUGGACGCAUCGGAGGCGUGGGCGCGGAAAUUGGAGCUGAGAUCCAGAAGAAGUGCUUCUUGAAGCUGAAUGCGCCGGUGAAGCUAGUCACUGGCUGGGACAUGCCGGUCCCAAUGCAGUACGAGAAGUUUUAUAUGCCGGACAAUAUCCGUAUUCUGGAUGCUAUGGUGGAGACUCUAACAUUCUAACGGGUCUCGAGCUAGUCGCGCAGGUAGAUCAGUGAUGUACACUACUUGCAACGUCGACACGCAGUGGGCAACAUAUUCGCUCCGUUACC